GCGCUGACGGCGGCUGUCCGGGGGGCGGAGUGGACGCCCGAGGCGCCGGCUGGGGCAUCACCGCGGGCCUCGACCCCGAAAUGGCGCUGCUGGCCGAACACCUCCUGAAGCCGCUGCCCGCGGACAAGCAGAUCGAGACGGGACCCUUCCUCGAGGCGGUGUCCCACCUUCCGCCCUUCUUCGAUUGCCUUGGGUCUGCAGUGUUUACUCCCAUCAAGGCGGACAUAAGUGGCAACAUUGCGAAAAUCAAGGCCGUGUAUGACACCAACCCCACCAAGUUCCGGACCCUGCAGAACAUCCUGGAGGUGGAGAAAGAAAUGUAUGGAGCACAGUGGCCCAAAGUGGGGGCCACGCUGGCGCUGAUGUGGCUGAAAAGGGGCCUCCGCUUCAUCCAGGUCUUCCUCCAGAGCAUCUGCGAUGGGGAGCGGGAUGAGAACCACCCCAACCUCAUCCGCGUCAAUGCCACCAAGGCCUACGAGAUGGCUCUCAAGAAGUACCAUGGCUGGAUUGUGCAAAAGAUCUUCCAGGCAGCACUGUACGCAGCCCCCUAUAAGUCCGACUUCUUGAAGGCACUCUCCAAGGGGCAGAACGUGACGGAGGAGGAGUGUCUGGAGAAGAUCCGCCUCUUCUUGGUCAACUACACGGCCACGAUUGAUGUCAUCUAUGAGAUGUACACCAAGAUGAAUGCCGAGCUCAACUACAAGGUGUAGACGUGCUUGGCCGUGGCACUUCCGGAGCCCGUGGCCCUCGACCACGGCCACACGCAGACACAAAAGCAAACCCAAAUCACUGUGAAUCCAGCCAGCAGGCUGCCUCAGGCCCUCAUCCCCCCAGAGCAGCCCGGGGACUGCAGGGGGCGGCCCUGGCUUUUGAAAAGUCAUUUUUUGUCUCUUCUACUGGAGCAAUAAAUAACGCACGACCCCACUUCCGAAUCACCUUUGAACUUCACAGCAGCACAGACUGACUUUAUGCCUUCAUUUCAGUGUGAUACAAACUGAUUAAUGUUUCUAAUAAAUCCAGCCUUAGGGUGUUUUGUUUUCAUUUUCUCAAGCUCCCCCCGCCCCCCGCCCCAAACUCGGAGCACGACUCUGGGGGAAUGGGGUAAUACACCUCAUGUUCAAAAUAAGCACGGGUCCUUGUGAGGAUCGGGCUGAAUGAUGUUUGGGGUAUUUUAAGGAUUAUGAUGAGUUCGAUUUUGAAAUUACGCAGGGCUCUCCUGUUGGAAUUUAAAAACGAAAAAGCAAACUGGUGUGUGUUCUCAUACAGUUUGCACCACCCACCCUCCCAGCACUGUUAGUACAGAUUCUACCCUUUCUGACUGUCUUUUGCCAGAUGGUUUUUUUUUUUUUUUAAAUAGCUGAAACCAGCCAGCAAGCCUUUGAUGAACCCAGGGGCAGUUUUUAAAAGCAAUUGGGCACAAAUAAUCCACCACAGAUGACUGUGUUUGCAUCUUUCUGCAUAAUUACUCUCUUCAGGGACUGCUUUUUCUCAACCUAAGAAACUACCUGCCAUGUGUAUUCUCUCGAGGGGGACAGGACGAGCCCUCCCACCGCGGAGACCCAGGACAACGCCUAGCUGCCUUAACUGUCGUUCCAGCGCUGGAAAGAGCUGUAUUUUUCAAAUUGUUGGGGCAAACCAAGCAACCCCCAAAGAACUGAUGUGUGUUAAAAAAAAAAAAAAAAAACCAAUAAGGAAUAAUUGGUGAUUUUUAUGCAGGAACUAAAUGAUC